CUUCUGCAGAGCUUGACAUAUGUUAUUGCCAAUCAAGUCAGCCUUCGAAAAUAAGCAGGAUCCUUUCUUUCUUUCUUGUUGGCUUUUCCCUGCAUGGCAAAACCAAACCGGGGACCUACCCACGCUGCCUUAUCAUGUGAAAUGAUAGGUGUAUGGAGUCAUGGACCUAGACCCAUGGAAGACCCCGGAUCCUAGGUACCUACUUGAAAUUGUCUUCGAUGCUCCCCUGAUAGUAGUAGUAAUGAGGAUUACUUGUUAUGGCACAGUCAAAUAUCACAAUCGCUGCGGAUGACGACUCGCCCACCAAGCCCGCGCGGGAUAACACUCCAGACGUUGGAGGUGUCUACCACACGCGGAGCUUGUCGCGGUCUCGCGGCCCUUCGAGACGUCGCACCGUUUCUCGAGCGUCUCACGAGAAACGGAGCGAGCAUCUUGACGUCGACGAGGAAGACGACUGGCUCCAGGAGGUUGGCCGGAAGAAACAAGUCUUCAAAGGAACUACGUUGAUCUGGCUUGCGUACCAGUCUAUCGGCGUCAUCUACGGUGACAUUGGAACAAGUCCCCUAUAUGUGUACUCGAGUACUUUUACCUCCCAGCCAACCUACAAUGACAUCCUCCAAGUCCUAUCGGUUGUCAUUUGGUCCUUGACCAUCAUGGUUACACUGAAAUAUAUAUUGAUCGUGUUGCGUGCCGACAACCAGGGGGAAGGAGGAACAUUUAGUUGCUACUCAUUGCUCACGCGAUAUGCCAAUAUCACGGACCGUGAUCCGCGAGAGGCGCGCCUCGUCAAGAUUGAGCGGCGCGAGACGAACGACAUGCGCCCCAGUAAUCGAUUCCUGCGCUCGGCCAUCGAGAAAAACAAAUUUCUGCGCAAUCUGCUAAAGACCGUCGGCGUACUCGCCGUUUCGAUGGUCAUUGCCGACGGCGUCCUCACCCCUGCGCAGUCUGUCCUCGGAGCUAUCCAGGGCCUCUCGGUGGUGAGCCCGAACAUCAACAGCUCUACCAUCGUCGGGACUUCGUGCGGCAUCCUGGUUAUCCUGUUCCUCAUCCAGCCCCUCGGCACCACCAAGCUGGCCAGCACGUUCGCCCCCAUCGUCAUUGUGUGGCUCGGGUUCAACGCCGGCUUUGGCAUUUACAACUUGGUCAUGUACGACCACUCCGUGCUGAAGGCCUUCUCGCCCUAUUUUGCGAUACACUUCUUCGCGGAGAAGAAGACGGUUGCUUGGAGAAUGCUUGGCGGCAUCUUGUUAUCGUUUACUGGUGUCGAGGCGCUGUUCGCAGAUCUAGGUGCCUUCAGUAUGAGAGCCAUCCAGAUAAGUUGGCUGUCCUGGUGUUACCCCUGCCUCCUUUUGGCAUACGUCGGACAGGCUGCGUAUAUGAGCAUCCACCCUAGCUCGUACACGAAUCCCUUCUAUAACGCCGUCCCUCCCGGGAUGUUGUACCCCAGCUUAAUCGUAGCGGUGCUGGCAGCUAUUGUUGCUUCCCAAGCUAUGAUUACGGCCGUCUUCCAGCUGAUCAGCCAGUUGAUGAAAUUAUCUUACUGUCCGCAAGUUAAGGUCGUGCAUACAUCUAAGAAAUUUCACGGGCAGUUAUACGUACCCUUUGUCAAUUGGAUUUUGAUGUGUGGAGCUAUUCUUGUUACCUGCGUUUACUCGAAUACGACUCGCCUUGGAAAUGCAUAUGGCGUCUGUGUCAUUUUCGUUACUUUCUUCGACACAUGCAUGGUGACGCUCGCCUGCCUGAUCGUGUGGGGCAUACCCCCUUAUGUGGUUGCCCUGCCGUGGCUCUUCUUCGCUACAAUGGACGGCUUGUACCUCUCCUCGGCCUUGACCAAGGUUCCGGAAGGGGCCUGGUUCACGAUCACCAUCGCGGGGGUCCUCACGUGCAUUUUCCUCCUCUGGCGCUUCGGCAAGGAGAAUCAGUGGCGCGCCGAGGCAGAAGACCGGUUCCGCCCCUCCCAGCUCUUGCAGCGCACGGACUCGAACCCGAACUGCGAUCUUGUCCUCUCACCGCGCUGGGGUGGCGGCCCUGUUAGCCGCAUUAAGGGGCUUGGUAUAUUCUUCGACAAGGCGGGCGUGCUAACGCCGACUGUGUUCACUCAGUUUGUGAGCAAGUUUGGCAUCGUAACCGAUGGUAUGGUGUUCUUCCAUCUGCAUCCUGUAGAAGCACCGACUGUUUCCACUGCUGAUCGUUAUGCUAUCUCGCGUAUCUUGGCUAUUCCGGGAUGCUACCGGCUGGUGAUUCGCCAUGGAUACAUGGACGAAGUGAUUACUCCCGAUCUUGCGGUGCUUAUAUACGAGCAAGUCCGCAAGUAUAUUAUCGGUCAAGCGAGUGGCAACAAUAACACCCCGCCGGCGGCAGCCGCGGAAACUACAGAGAGUGAAACGCUGAAUGGGACUACAUCAUCAUCGUCCGGGAGAGGGUUAAGUCCGAAUGACUCGAACGAAGAGAACAGGGCAGUGCUUGCGCUAGCCGACGAAGAAAUAAAGGGGGAGCUCGGUAGGCUUGACCGGGCUUUCGCCAGCAAGGUCAUGUACGUGGUCGGCAAAGAGCAGCUGCGGAUCAAGGAGCACUCGACUUCAUUUGCCAGGCGCAUACUCCUGACGACAUUCCUCUGGAUCCGAGAUAACACGCGCGCCAAGAUUGCAAAUCUACGGCUUGCCAUGGAUAGAAUUGUCGAGGUUGGUUUUGUGAAGGAGAUUUAGGAAUGCCAUGAGAUAGAUACGAUACUUGGCUGCGAACACAAAUAUAGGCAAUGGGUUAGAAAGGAAUGGAUGUCUUGGUUAGAGGUCGACGUGGAGAUAUAGACCUGAUUCAAAUGUAGAGCUACCCCUUCUCGGAUUCCCUGAGCCUAGGGGAGGCGCCAUACUGUUCGCUACAUAAUCAAAUGAAAAGUCUCACGAUUGAAGUGAGGAUAAAACCCCGUUUCUAUCUCCAAAGAUAUAUAAGAAUAUGUCUCCAUCCG